GGGCAGGGGCAGGGGCGGGCGCGGGAGCAGCCCCGGGCCGGAGAGAGCCCGGACCAGGCCAUCUCCAACCAUGUCCGACGAGGCGUCGGCCACCAUUUCGUACGAGAAGUUUCUAACCCCCGAGGAACCCUUUCCGCUUCUGGGACCCCCUCGCGGGGUGGGUACCUGUCCGAGCGAGGAGCCGGGCUGUCUGGACAUCAGCGACUUUGGCUGCCAGCUGUCCUCUUGCCAUCGCACGGACCCGCUCCACCGCUUCCACACCAACAGGUGGAACUUAACUUCUUGUGGAACAAGUGUUGCCAGCUCAGAGUGCAGUGAGGAGCUGUUUUCAUCAGUUUCUGUUGGAGAUCAAGAUGAUUGCUAUUCCCUGUUAGAUGAUCAAGACUUUACUUCCUUUGAUUUAUUCCCUGAAGGGAGUGUCUGCAGUGAUGUCUCUUCUUCUAUUAGCACAUACUGGGAUUGGUCAGAUAGUGAGUUUGAAUGGCAGUUACCAGGCAGUGACAUUGCCAGUGGGAGUGAUGUGCUUUCUGAUGUCAUACCUAGUAUUCCAAGUUCACCUUGCCUGCUAACUAAAAAGAAAAACAAACACCAGAAUUUAGAUGAACUUCCUUGGAGUGCAAUGACAAAUGAUGAGCAGGUAGAAUAUAUUGAGUAUCUGAGUCGUAAAGUCAGUACUGAGAUGGGUCUUCGGGAGCAACUUGAUAUUAUUAAAAUAAUUGAUCCUUCUGCUCAAAUCUCUCCUACAGACAGUGAGUUUAUUAUUGAACUUAACUGUCUCACAGAUGAAAAACUGAAGCAGGUCAGAAACUAUAUCAAGGAGCAUAGCUCUCGCCAACGGCCUGCAAGAGAGGCCUGGAAGAGAAGCAACUUUAGUUGUGCAAGCACCAGUGGAGUGAGUGGCGCCAGCGCCAGUGCCAGCAGCAGCAGUGCCAGCAUGGUCAGUUCUGCAAGCAGCAGUGGGUCCAGUGUUGGAAACUCUGCUUCAAACUCCAGUGCCAACAUGAGCCGAGCACACAGUGACAGCAACUUGUCUGCAAGUGCGGCAGAGCGGAUUCGGGAUUCAAAAAAGCGAUCCAAGCAGCGUAAGUUACAGCAGAAGGCCUUCCGCAAGAGGCAGCUGAAAGAGCAGAGGCAGGCUCGGAAGGAGAGGCUCAGUGGGCUCUUCCUCAAUGAAGAAGUGCUGUCCCUGAAAGUGACUGAGGAAGACCAUGAAGCAGAUGUAGAUGUUUUGAUGUAAUAAGGGUGAAUUUUUCAGCGUUCUUUAAACAUUAAUGUAUUCUCUCCUUAUUUGUUUACAUGCAUCUUGACCAAACUUUUGAUUAGGGCUGUACUGAUAUAUCAUUAAUAAUUUAGGUCAGUGGUUCUCAGCAGGUGGUCCCCAGAUGAGCAGCUUCAGCAUCACCUGAGAACUUGUUAAAAAUGUAUACUAUUAGCCCCAACCCAGAGUAGUGAAUCAGAAAUCCUAGCGGAAGGGCCCAACAUUGUGUUUUAGCAAGCACCAGGUUAUUUUGCUACACCCUCUAGUUUUAAGAACCACUGAUUAAGUAAAUGUAUUGGCUAUUUAAACUUUAUAGAGUUAUUAAGUGGGCUUUUUUCAAAGACUAGUACUUUUACAGUUUACAAGAUUUCAAGGUACUGCUGACAAGUAGUUAUGUCAGUACACAUACACGUGUAGAGGUCAUAGUUAAAUUUCCUUCUUUAUGUUAAAAUUUCUUUAUUUGCUUUUUCUAAAGGGCCAUAGCAUAAUUCUCAAUUCCUAAUGAAAAUCUUACUUUAUCGCUGUGGGAGUGGGGUGUGGGUUGCUGUUUACAAUAGUGCCUUCGUUAGAUUUAGUUCUGUCAUUUUUCAUUCAUUAUUAACUCAAAGGUUAUGAAAAUGGGCCCUAAUAUCUUUGCUUACAUCUGUUUUUUUCACUUUACGUAAAUUUGGAAUCUCUUCUGUAAGUGAUAACUACUGAGGAAAUAAUGUUACUAGUAACUGAAUUUUAGACUUGAUGCUAUGGUGAUUAAUACUCAAAUAGAGAAAGCAAUUAAGCAAAAUGACCAAUUCUGCUUUUCUACUGCUUUCUGAAAUUCUAGGCUGUGAAACUGUCUCAGAAGCAGAAACUAUCUCAAGUUCUUUUGAUAGGUCAUUUUACUUCCAGCACAGCUCUAAUUUUUAAAUAUUGAUGUAAUAGCUUCUGGCAUGUGAACAGGCUAAUCUUCAAAAUUAAAGAAAACUUACAGUUCUAAGCUUUUUUAUAAAUCUCAGUAAAUAGAGCAGUGAGAUAUAGAAAAAGAACUUAACUUAUUGGCUAUUAAUAGAGCUGUAAUUUUAAAUGUGAAAUCAUGGAGUUUCUUUAAAUGUUUUCAUGGAGAAUUUGUUGUGAACAUUAGAAGUAGUGUGAUUCCUUCUAACACACAUCUUUAAACAAUCACAUGGGUUAAAGAUGGGAACUGAUACUACUGACAAUCAAGCUGCUUUCUGACUGAUAAUUUUUUAUUGUGUAGUUUUUGGGAGGUUAUCAAUUCUGUAGGAGGAGUUGUUUUUUUAAUCUUUAGGGUGAGAGGUUGUUAGGAUUUCUACUUCUUUUUUUACUUUUUAUAUCAAUUCAUUAAGAAUAAUGACUUAUUAAUUAUCAGUUGAUUAAAAGGCUUACACUUUUCUUGUAAUGAUAGAUUUUGAAAAUUUGAUUUCAUUUUGGUUCCUUGAAGGUUAAAGAAUUGAAACUAAGGAUAAAAAUUGACAUAUUGAAGCUUUGCUGAUACCUGUGGUAUGGUUGUAACAUUUUGAAGACUACUGAAUUCAUACUUAAAAAUUUUACUAAAAUAAAAGUAUGUAUGUGUUACCAGUUGGAGUGGUCCUUCUGAAUUUCCUCUUACCCCCUCUUUGGUGCUCCUAAGCAGCAUAGAGGGCCCAAAGAGACAUUGGGGGUAUACCCCAGAAUACUCUGAGGAAGGUGGGAAGGGUCAGCCUCAUUGUGUUUUCCCUUCCAAGUACAGGAAGAGUAAAUGGAGAGAAGAGCAAAAACAGCUGGAUUUUUUGUCUGCUCAUAGCACAAGCAAAAUUCCUGAUCAUCUGUUCUUUUUACUUAUACUUCUAGGGAAAUAGGCCACUUUUGGAAACCAUAGAAUAGCAUUUAUCAGUUAAGUACUUGGAGACAAUUUACUUGACCAUGACCAGUAAAACAAAAUCCUAAUCAGGGUCAUGAUGUAAUAAGACCACUUCCUCUACUCUCCCAAUAAUCACAGUCUUAUUACCUUAAAUUUAAUUUAAGUCACUAUCAAAUAGGUUUCGUGCCACAAAGCCAAUUUUAAAAGUUUAUAAAGGUUUGAGUGUUUAUAGUAAAGUGGGCCAUGGUAUCUUGUGUAAGCAUUGUCUUUGUGUGCUAUAAAUUAGAGAUUGCCUAUAAAGUUGGCUUUGAAGAGAUAGAAAAUACUUCCUCUGAUUAAAAGAAAAAAUUAAAACAACUUGGCUUUGCUUGUGAUUGAAGAGGGGGAUUACAAAGUCUUUCCCUACCGCCCAAGCCAAAAAAACCCAGCAAAAAAAGAAAGUUCUCUUGUCUUUGCUAAUGUGCUGUACUUUUUCCCGUGUUAAUUCCUCAUGUAGAUAAAUCAAUUUUGAAUUAUUUCUUUUCUUAGAAUAAGUAACGGUUUAUUGAAUCUGGUUAUAUCUCUGAGUUCAGUUUAGAACAUCCAACUCAAUAUAUAUUUUUUUAUUUUGGUAUCAUCAGUGUACAAUUACAUGAGCAAUGUUAUGGUUACUCAAAUCCCCACCACAUACCCCAUUACAGUCACUGUCCAUCA